UAGUGCCUGAAGCCAACAAAUGCAGUUUUAAUUUUAUGGUGCUGAUUUUAUACAUGCUACAUUUUCAGGAUGACCAGGCUGACAAGGUGGAGCAACUACAGGCCACUGUUGAGCGCCUCGACAGUGAGCUGCGAAAAACGAAAGAGCAGCUCCAGCAAACACAGGACUGUCUUGACUCCGCAAGGAUGGUCAAGCGUCUCAAACACAUUCUGGAUAAAGUUGAAGGUGGUGAGGAUUCGCGUGUCUCAGUCGUGUCAGCACCAAAAGUGGACCUUGGUGAAGGUGUUCUCCUUGAUGAUGCUACGCUGACAUGACUGCGACGGGAUGCGAAGAAUUCAGGAUCCAGGUUUGCCCGGGGACUGCUUAAAGUGUUGUUCACGGCAGAAGAGCUGGAAAAUAAGUCUCUUUUUGGGCGGCGGUCCAACGCUCACAAGGAUGCCGCCCAAAAGGAGGCUUUAGAUCCAAGGCGUGUCAACGCUAUUCUAAGUAAGUGUGACAACACAGGCAACUGAAAUGUUUGCUUUCGCUGGUCAUUUGAAGUUAAAAUCUUGUGGAUGACUCCUGUGUGCUGUCUCGUCCAGAUACACUGACAAAUACAUGAGGCUAAACUAUUUUUGUAUUUUCUCUUCCCUUAGGCUACACGGCAAGACACUUUGAUGCAACGACCAGUGAAAUAAAAAACACG